AUGGAGGGAGAUUUUACGCCUAUUGAAAAUCAACGUCUUCCGACACUUUACGAAGUAUUACUGAGGCAAACAUCACCACCGGUGGAUCUAUGGUCCUUUUAUACCUUCCUUUCACAAUUUCCUUAUGCAAUUGACUUCCUCGAUUUCUGGAUCGACCUUAUGGCACACGUAAGGUUAUGUCGGGACUAUGUGAGAGGUGUUAAAGAAUCAAUUGAGGCAAGAAAUAGUGAAUUAAUUGCGGAUGAUGCACACUCUGAUGAGUCUAAUGUUUUACUGGAUGCACUGUUAACCGAGGGAUAUUUGGAUUUUAAGAACGCAAGGCGGGUUUCUCAGUUCCUAAGAGGAAACGUGGAGGAAUCCAUGAGAAUAUCAAGGUUAUUGGAUACGUUCAAGCAAGAUCACAGACUAAGUACUCAGUCUGACCGGGAAGCAGAUGAGUUUCUAGCCGCAAUGGUGGAUGAUAUGUUAAAGCAAAAGAUCCACAAGGAUAAGCAACCAAAAAUGACAAGAAAACAGUUGAUUAACAAUGCAAGUCAAAUAUGUAGGCAAUACCUUUUGUCACCACAGGAAAGUCCUCGAUACUUGAUCAACGUUCCUGAUGAAAUAAGGAUGAAGGCAUUGCAUGCUGUGCAAAGUGAACGUAGAUUUGAUCCCGAAUUAUUCGAAGAUUUAAGGAAUUUGUCGUACGAUUUUCUAGAAAUGGAUUGUUUCCCCAAAUUUCUCAACCGUGUGGCUUUGCACAAUUUACACGAUCAGUUAUCGGAUUGGAGAUUUCAAACUACAGCGGCCAUAGGUAAAUCGAAAGGGGACAUUCGUGGCCAGAGAUCCGCGUCGCCAUUGUCCACAUAUUCGGGUCUAGGUCGUAUUGCCCUUGGAUUGUGUUGGUUAGGAAUUGGAUUCUGGAUCGGAUACGUACUCAUAUUUUUGCAUUACAGUAGAGCCAUUCGUGUCACUACUAUAGUUCCGUUUGGGAUUGGAUGUUACUUUAGCGUUUGUGGAAUUUAUCAGGUGGAUAUAUUGUAUUCAUGGUUUGGUGUUACCCAAAGGCUAAUGUACGAAAAAAAAUUACCAUCGGAUAGGGAAGAGGAUGUUCCUAAGAGUAGGACAAGAGUACCGACAAUUUUUGCCCUUCUAGGUGGACGUUCAAGGCUGAUGCCAGUUCAUCAUCCUUUUAUUAAAAAAUUACUGUUGAGAAGGGGGAUGUGGUGUUUCCUGUUGGUAGUAGUAUCUACCGCAGUUCUUACAGUUCUAUUCAGUUGUGUCCCAGGUAAGAGAAUAUGA